CAUCAGAUCCGCAAAGCAGCGGCUCUGCUCACAUCAAAGGUUAUCUGUGAUGACACUUACUCCAACAAAUCCUGGAGUAUUGUAGCGCAGGGCAUGUUCCAAUUGCGAGAAAUAAACCAGGUGAGGCGCCAGUAUCCUUCUGGCCACCAUCUUUUUGUAUGCUCACAUCAAAGGUUAUCUGUGACGACACUUACUCCAACAAAUCCUGGAGUAUUGUGGCGCAGGGCAUGUUCCAAUUGCGAGAAAUAA